AUGGCUAAGGCAAAUCACUCGUUGACCACUGAAUUCAUCCUCAUAGGAUUCACAGAUCUCCCAGACCUGAAGAGCCUUCUGUUUAUCCUGUUCUCUGGCAUCUAUCUCAUCACCAUGGUGGGAAACCUAGGUUUGGUGGCCUUGAUUUAUAUAGAGCACCAUCUUCACACACCAAUGUACAUCUUUCUGGGCAACCUGGCUCUGAUGGACUCCUGCUGUUCCUGUGCCAUCACUCCCAAGAUGCUAGAGAACUUUUUCUCUAAGGACAGAAGGAUUUCCCUCUAUGAGUGCAUGGCACAGUUUUAUUUUCUCUGUCUUGCUGAAACUGCAGACUGCUUUCUUCUGGCAGCCAUGGCCUAUGAUCGCUAUGUGGCCAUAUGCAGCCCACUGCAGUACCACACCAUGAUGUCAAAGAAACUCUGCAUUCACAUGAUUACUGGGACCUUCAUAGCUAGUAAUCUUCAUUCUAUGCUUCAUGUCGGACUUCUGUUAAGGUUAACUUUCUGCAGGUCUAAUCAAAUUAAUCACUUUUUUUGUGACAUUCUUCCACUGUACAGACUGUCAUGCACAGAUCCUUUUAUUAACGAACUAAUGAUAUAUAUUUUUUCAAUGCCAAUUCAAGUCUUUACCAUUGCUACUGUCUUGAUUUCUUAUCUCUGCAUUCUUUCCACAAUUUUCCAAAUGAAAUCUAAGGAAGGUAGAGGUAAAGCAUUUUCUACCUGUGCAUCCCACUUUCUCUCUGUCUCAAUAUUCUACAUUUGUCUUCUAAUGUAUAUUCGACCAUUCGAAGAAGGUGAUAAAGAUAUACCAGUCGCAAUAUUUUAUACAGUAGUAAUUCCAUUAUUAAACCCUUUUAUAUAUAGCCUGAGAAAUAAGGAGGUAAUAAAUGCUGUAAAAAAAGUUAUGAGGACUUAUACUUAG